CCUGGCCAGAGUAUAAAAACCAAAAAUGUUCAACACUGAUCAGUUAUUCAACGGCAACAUUAUGAAUCGUCUGGUUCUCUGCUCUCUCCUCGUCCUUGCGGGCAUCGCCGCCUCCAGUGCUUCACCCGACACCGAGUUCCCAUUCGGACGCAUUGUGAACGGUCAGGCAACCACCAUCGAUGCUCAUCCCUAUCAGGUGUCGAUUCAGACCAUCAAGGGCUCCCACUUCUGCGGCGGCAGCUUGAUCAACGAUGACACCGUCGUCACCGCUGCCCAUUGCAUGCAAUCCUACAAGGCCGCCGAGAUGCAGGUUCGCCUGGGUUCCACUGCCCGCAACUCUGGUGGUGAGGUCGUCGGUGUGAAGAGCUUCAAGUUCCACGAAGGCUACAACAGCAACCUCAUGGUCAACGAUGUGGCUGUCAUCAAGCUAAGCUCUCCUGUGCGUCAGACUUCCUUGAUCCGUGCCAUUCCUUUGGCCUCUAAGACUCCCGAUUCUGGAACUCCUGCUGUCGUCAGUGGAUGGGGCACCACUUGCUUCUUGUUGUGCUCUUCCCCCAACAACCUCAUGGAAGUCGAUGUGCAAAUCGUGCAAGCUUCCGAAUGCGGCUCUGCCAACUAUUCUUAUGGCUCCGACAAGAUUCUCGACACCAUGGUCUGCGCCAACGGUGCCAAUGACGAGAAGAAGGAUGCUUGCCAGGGCGACUCUGGUGGCCCACUUGUGGCCAAUGGAGAGCUUGUCGGUAUUGUAUCCUGGGGCAACGGCUGCGCCUGGACUAACUAUCCUGGUGUCUAUGCUGAUGUUGCUUCCCUCAAGGCCUGGAUCGAACUGACCUCAGCUGCAUUGUAAAGAGCUUCAAUAAAAUGGUUUAGCCAAAUAUUUCACACGAA